AUGUCUGAAGAACAGCGCGGAUCACAGCACCGCAAGAAAAUCAUGAUGGACUCUGAAGAAGAAGAAGAAGAAGAAGAACAGCAACAACAGUCACAAACAUAUGCAGGUGCAGGCGAACCUUUCAAUGCUGAUGAUUGGGAGGAAGAAGAACGUCCAGACAAUGCUGAUGAACUCGAAAACGAGACCGGCGACAAUAAUGAAGACAAUGAUGGCAACGACGACGACUUGUUUGGAGAUGGUGAUGAAGACAAUGAAGACAAUGAAGAAGAAGAACAAGAAGAACAAGAGGUAGAAAAACCUACAGAAAGACGGGAAGCUGCCAGCGAAGAAGAGGAAGAGGAAGAAGAUGAAGAAGACGAAGAAAGAAAAGCAAAUGAAAGCUACUACGACGAAGAUCGAUAUGAUGAAGAUGAUGAAGAAAUUGAACAACGACAUAUGGAAAUCACAGUCCCCCGGUACCCCUCGUCACACAUUCCUGAUAAAGACACGUACUUUGUACGCAUGCCAACUUUCCUUACAGUCGAGGCACAUGCUUUUGACUCAAGCGCGUUUCUGCGGGAUGCUGAAGUGCGUGCACAGCAAGAUGAACAAGAUGGGCUAGGAGUCGAGGGUGCAGCUGAGCGCUCACGCGCGUUCCGACUCCAAAAUGAAAACACCAUUCGCUGGAAAUUUGCGCGUGACCAGGAAACUGGCCAAAUGAUUAAACAAUCUAAUGCACGGUUCAUUCGGUGGUCGGAUGGAUCUCUUUCGCUACAACUGGGUGCAGAAAUGUUUGAGGUCGAGGUCAAGGAUAACCCAGACACGUUUUUGACCAUGUCACAUCCUCAACAAGAGAUUUUGCAAACCACCUCAUUGCUUAACAAGUCAAUGACCUUCAUUCCAUACUCUACUUCAUCCAACACACAUAUCCGGUUGACUGAAGAACUGAAGCGCCACAGUAACCGCAGUAACACGGUGGGGAAUAUUGCAACAACAGACGACCCAGAAAAACUAAAACUUGCCGCGCUCAGGGCUGAAGAAAUGAACCUCAAGGCUCGCCGUAAGCUUGAACAAAAACGGCGGCAAUUGGAAGCGCGCGAGGGUUAUGGCGAUUCCAUGGGUGCUGGAUCGCAGCGUCGUGGUGCUGGAGGAAGCAGUGCAUACGACGGUGCAAUUUCAAGUGCUGGUAGUGGUGGCGGUGCUGGGUCGUCGCGAUAUGACAAAUACGAAGAUGAUGACGGAUUUGUUGUACAGGAUGAAGAUGAAGAUGAGGAGAUGGAUGAGCAACGACGGGCUAGUCGUCUUAAAGACUUGAAACGUCAAGGUGCAGCUAAGUACCGCAAGAAGCGGGAUUACGAUGACGAUGAGGAAGACGAGGAAGGGGAAGAAGAAGAGGAGUUUGAGGACGGAUUACCUGAUUCUGAAGAAGAAGAAGAGGCCCAGUUUACAGACGAAGAAGAAAGGGCAGAAAGACGCCAAGCGCGUAGUGGAAGCAACAAGAAACGUCGGGUGAUUGAGGAUGAUGAUGAGGACGAAGAGUAA